UAACAUUUUCCCGAGUUGAGGAUCCCAAGCAUUUGCGAACGGGUCCAAAGCAAACAACACCUCACCUCACCUCAGCGACUCAAUCACGACUCACCACCACCUCCAUCCCAAAUCCAAAUGGCGAUUCCGAUCACCAACGCCCUCCUCUCGACGGCGGUAGCUCUCUUUCUGUUCACGUCGGCGCUCGCGAGCUCCGACGUGCCCUUCAUCGUCACCCACAAGAAGGCCUCCCUCAACCGGCUCAAGUCCGGCGCCGAGCGCGUCCUUGUCUCCAUCGACAUCUACAACCAAGGAUCUUCCACGGCUUAUGAUGUAAGCUUGAGUGAUGAGACCUGGCCUCGGGAUAUCUUCGAUGUUGUUAGUGGUAACACUUCCAAGUCAUGGGAAAGGCUUGAUGCAGGUGGCAUUAUAUCUCACUCUUUUGAAUUGGAGGGCAAAGAAAAAUUACUUUUUAACGGUGCACCAGCUCUUAUUACAUUCCGCAUUCCCACAAAGGCUGCUUUACAGGAGUCUUAUUCAACUCCAAUAUUUCCUUUAGAUGUUCUUGCAGACAGGCCUCCUGAGAAGAAGUUUGAGUGGGUUAAGAGGCUUCUGGCAAAGUAUGGGUCUCUGAUCUCUGUGGUGUCCAUUGUGGUUCUAUUUGUGUACCUGGUUGCCACUCCAUCCAAAUCCGGUGCGGCAAAAGGGAGCAAGAAGAAGCGUUAAUCAGUGCUUGAUGCUAAUGCAUGCAUCUAUGGUGUUGCGAGUUGGUAUUUUCCUGAGUUAAUGGCACAUGUUAGUUUCCAAAGCUUCCUAAAAGGGAGUAGUUUAACAAGAUAGUGUAAGAUCAACAAACUAAUACAUACAGCGGGUGUAACCCGAAGGAGGUCUUUGGUAGCGCUUCGGAAUCAGUAAUUGCUAGUCAAUUUUGGAUUGAAUGUUAUAUUUUGCAUUUGAGAUUUGAAAAUUUGAUCCUAUUUAAGCUUUAAAAGGAAUCAAGAUGCAAUAUUUAUUUUCA